UGUCCCGCUCUUCGCCGGGCGCAGGAGCAGCCGGCUCGACCGCCAGCGCGGUGUAGGGGGCAGGCGCGGAUCCCGCCACCGCCGCGCGCUCGCCCGCCGCCGCCCCGCUGCCGGCCUCCCGCCCGCCCUCCGCCCGCCGCCUGCGGCCUCGGCGCGUGCCGCCGGCCUGUCGCGGACCUGCUUCGGGCCUGAGGUCUGACCCCGAGUCCCCGCCAUGCCGAGGGAGAGCAGGGAGAGGGAUGCCAAGGAGCCGGACACCAUGAAAGAGGAGAGCGGCUCGGACGCCUCGGCUCACUCCAGGAAGAGGAAGGCGAAUGUGGCCGUUUUUCUGCAGGAUCCCGAUGAAGAAAUUGCCAAAAUCGACAGGACUGUGCGGAGCCAGUGUGGCGAUCAGCCGUGGGCCGGCAGCGCAGCCUGUGAGAACCCGUGCUCCCUGAUCCCCACGCCGGACAAGGACGACAAUGAGCUGGUGUACCCCACCUCCGCACACAAGACCCCCGGCGCCAGGCCCCCCAGAGCCUCACCCCUGCCUCUGCUGAACUGGGCAAACCGAGAGGAGGUUUGGAGAAUCAUGUUAAACAAGGAGAAGACAUACCUCCGGGACCAUCACCUGCUGCAGCGGCACCCUCUCCUGCAGCCGAAGAUGCGUGCCAUCCUCCUGGACUGGCUGAUGGAGGUGUGCGAGGUGUACAAGCUGCACAGGGAGACGUUCUACCUGGCGCAGGACUUCUUCGACCGCUACAUGGCCACGCAGCACGACAUCGUCAAGACGCUCCUGCAGCUCAUCGGCAUCUCGUCCUUAUUCAUCGCCGCCAAGCUGGAGGAAAUCUACCCUCCGAAGCUGCACCAGUUCGCGUACGUCACGGACGGGGCUUGCUCGGGAGACGACAUCCUCACCAUGGAGCUGAUCAUCAUGAAGGCUCUGAAGUGGCAGCUAAGUCCCCUGACCAUUGUGUCCUGGCUGAACGUGUACAUGCAGGUGGCCUACCUGAACGACAUGUACGAAGUGCUCCUGCCUCAGUAUCCCCAGCACGUCUUCAUCCAGAUCGCAGAGCUCCUGGACCUCUGCGUGCUGGACGUGGGCUGCUUAGAGUUCCCCUACGGCGUCCUGGCCGCGUCCGCCCUGUACCACUUCUCCUCCUCCGAGCUGAUGCAGAAGGUCUCAGGGUACCAGUGGUGUGACAUCGAGAAGUGCGUCAAGUGGAUGGUCCCCUUCGCCAUGGUCAUCAGGGAGGCAGGGAGCUCGAAGCUGAAGCAGUUCCGGGGCGUUCCCCCCGAGGACGCCCACAACAUCCAGACCCACCUGAACAGCCUGGACCUGCUGGACAAAGCGCAAGCCAAGAAAGCCAUAUUGUCGGAACAGAAUAGGGUUUCUCCCCUCCCGUCCGGGCUCCUCACCCCCCCGCCGAGUGGCAAGAAGCAGAGCGGCGAGCCGGAGACGGAGUGACCCACCAGCCUCCUCACCAAAGACAGUGGUGCCCAAGUGCCUGCCCGCCCCACGCCCGCCGGAGGCCGCCUCAGCUCCAGGCGCUGAGCAGUGUCCUGUGGACGGCACUGGACGGGAGUGUCGCCCGAGGCCUUGAUGAUGUGAUCAGUGGGUCAAGUACACCAGCCACCUCCAGACACGACGCGUCUCGAUGCUGCUAGGAGGGUGCUGCUUGACUUGAUUGACUCUCCCAGGCCACAGAGCGUGAAGCUGAGGAGCGUGGCCUCCGGUUGGGGCGCUCGGUGCCGAGGGGCGGGCAGGGCGAGCGCCGUGACGGGGCCGCGGCCAGCCUCGCUGGGGGCCGCCCUCCACGCUAUCUAUCAGUUGACAAUGUACAAUGCCUUUUAUGAACUGUUGUUCUAAGUGCUGCUACGUCUGCCCGUUUUAAUAAAGGUCACACUGUCUUUGAGACAGCUGGCUCGA